AUGCAACUUUACCAAAACCUUAGAAAAGAAGAAAAUUUAUGUCAUAAGAUCGAAGUUUCUGAAAUGGAACAAUUAUUCACAAAUCCUAUUGAGAUGAAGAAAUUAAUUGGAAGAAUUGUGAAAAUUAAUACUGUCGAAAAUUUAUGUUAUACGGGUACCCUUUGUAUAAUGGACCCAAUUUACAAAACCCUUAUUUUGCAAAACAAGGAGGCAGAUAGUAACAAAAUGGAAACUGUGUUUAUACUCUACCAUUCAUUUAAAUCGCUAGAAAUAUUAUCAGAAAAUAUAGAUGAAGCGUUCAUAAAGAAGCAAGGUACAACUCGUUUUGUAAAUAUAACUGAGAAACAGAGGAUAAAAAAGUGGCUUCAGCAGAGAUUUAUAAUUGUUGAAGAUGUAGAGGAUUAUUUAAAAAUUGACAAUAACUUAAUUAUACUGCCACCAUUUACUGUUGAAAGUUGUAUAUCCAACAAUACCAUCAUUUUGGAAAAUAUUCGAAAUAUUAUAUCCUUAAUGCCAAAAGAUUUUAAUUAAAGUAUACUUUCAAUAUCUGGAAAAGUGUAAUUUAUUGUUUCUGUCAUUUUAUAGUGUAUCGUAUUAUUGAAAUAGGAUAUAUUGCAUGGUUCAAAAAUCGUCCUGCUACAAUCUGGUCAAUUGUGGCACAUUCAUGAGUAUGUCAACAGAUUUAACUCUCAAAUAAAGUUACAUUUUGUGAGGAUUACGUUACUCAGAUUCUCAAGUUCAAAAGAUUUGAGUUUCUGAGUGCUGGAUCCUUCAAACUGUAUGUAAACAUGUGAGCAUGACUCUAUGAAGUCAGUAGGAAAGCCAAUUUCCACCUUGUGUUUCACAAUUUUGCAGUUGCUUUAAUGGCCUUCUCUAUACAUUUUUCCCUCAAGAAAUUGUUGGUUUGCUUUAUCAUAAAAUCUUCAUUAUCUCACAUAUGUCAACCCACUUCAAGACGGAGAACAUUAACUUUAGAACUAUAACCUUAAUAAAAGGCAACCAAUAUUUAUGGACCAA